GCCCCGCCCCUGCCCGGCAACCCAAUCGAGAAUGCCUCUUUAAAUCCCGCCCUCGCGAGACCCGCCUCAAACCAGCACCUCCCAUAACUGACGGCCUUAGAGCCCCGCCCUUGGGGGAGGCGGCCUUUUCCCGGAGGAGCGGGAGCGGAAGCUGCACGCGGAAGCGCGGAGGAGAAAGGCGUGGGGUCAGAGUUCGAAGGUCGCGUAGGGCCGUCCGAACUGUUAGGUGUUUGCUGUUUGCUCCGUAGUGCUGCUGCCUCGGCGAGAUCCCCGAUAUGGCCCAUCCAAAACAGUUCCGUCAAUUCUGCGUCUUCAAGCCUUAAAAAUAAGCGAUCCGCGGCGGGAAAGCCGCCAACCACUUUUUAAGAGCCCAUCUCGGGGCCGGUGGCAUAAGGCACCCCACACCCACCCACCCAUCUACCCCCAGAAGCCUGUAUUGGUUGCUCCGCGCUUCCAAGGACAUGGGCGGCCCCAGACGUGACCCAGCUGAGUGAAAGCUUGGCUUGGCCCAACUCCGAGUACUUAACUGCACUAACUUGCCCGUGCCUUUCUUUAAGGAAGCCUGGUAAUUCGCAGAAAAUGUUUUUAGGUGAAGGGAUUUUGCAUGCUGAGAGAACUCCAGGUACUGAAAUAAGUUUUAUCCAGUUUGUAUAGGACUUAGUUUUGAAAAGUUGAGAAUCAGCCGGGCGUGGUGGCAAACGCCUUUAAUCCCAGCACUUGGGAGGCGGAGGCAGGUGGAUUUCUGAGUUCAAGGCCAGCCUGGUCUACAAAGUGAGUUUUAGGACAGUCAGGACUACACAGAGAAACCCCGUCUCGAAAAACCAAAAAAGAAAAGAAAAGUUGAGAACCUUUUCAGAAACCACUGGCUUCGGCUAUGUUAUAGACCUACCCUCUGUCAAUGUGGUAUCUCCUACCCACGGUAUAGAAUAGUGCUACUUAACUAGGCACUGAAAAUCCUCAGAAUCAGGUUGGGGGUGUAACUCAGGUUAUAGCGUGCACAAAGCCCUGGGCUUGAACCCCAGACUGCAUCAACUACAUGGUGGUGCAUCCUCAAAAUCCCAGCACACAGGAGGAGGCAGGUGGGCCAGAAGUUCAGGAUGGUUCUCAGCUGCAUCACCAGUUGAUUCUACAGGAGACCCUAUAUCAGAAGAAAGCCGAGCUUUUUGUUAAAAUGUGGUUUAUGGUUCAAUGAAAUGGGGGCAGGGUACAAGAUUCUGUAUUUCUUUUUUGGUUUUUCAAGAUAGGAUUUCUUUGUGCAGCCCUGGAUGUCCUGGAACUAGGUCUGUAGACCAGGCUGGCCAAAGAUGACAUAGGCUUUGGUCUUUUGACUAAACUGCUUUUGUUAACUUGUCCAAUAAAGAGUUGUCCUGUAGGUGGGUUGAUCUCACUUGUGUGCCACAAAGCUUUUGAGCUUUCAGAGAUGGUAGCAGGUCCCAAAAAUGUCAGGGAAGCAGGGUCUCGAGACCAAAGCCAGCAUGAAUUACUUAUAUGAAAAGUAAGGUCUGGAUCAGUUACCUAAGACUGUCUGGGCAGAGUGAAGGCUCAGUUACCUAAGAACUAGACCUCCUGGGCAGAGAGAAUGGGGGAGGGGGGUCUGUCUCCAGAAAGGCACCUUCAAGUGACUUUGGUUCAGAGCACCUGUUUAGUGGAAGCCAUUUGAAAAUUAAAGCCCUGAAAGUGCACAAACACACACACACACACACACACACACACACACAACUCUUCUGUGAUCACAGUCUUUACAUACAUAAUCUAACAGGCAAUCUAAAGUAUAGAAUCUGCAGACAGUGGAGGGACCAGAGCUGAUGUAAAAGAACAUGGAAUUAGGUCCUAGGAGCUCAGCUUCCCAUCCUGGAACAUCCCAAGAAACUUCAUUUAAUUGGCUUCUGGGGCUGCAGUGACAAAGGCUUGGCAAAGAGGAGCUUAUGAAGUCUGGAAAGGCUCUUUUGGAAGGAAAAAAUGACUUGUAACGUUUACAGCUUUGCUUGGGUUCUGCCAUCAGUGUUUGCCAGAUGUUUUCUUCUACUCCUAAGCUAGCGUGUCAUAUCGGCUUCUUUGCUCUGGACUGGGGAAUAUAACGGCGUUGGCAGUGUGCUCGCCUAGCAUGCGUGGAGCCCUGCCUCCCAUCCCUAGCACCACAUAAAGCUGGGUGUGGUCAUGCAUGCCUGUAAUCUCAGCACUUGGGAGGUGAAGGCCAGAGAAGUGGAAGGUCAGUUUCAUUAUUGGCUACAGUGUACAUAAUAAGAUCCUGUCUCCAGAAGGUGGGGGAGGGGCUCCUUUGUUCAAAGAGCAGGAAAGCUAAGCCUGCAUGAACUGGCCUGUGAAUCUUCUGUGGGGUCAGCCAAGUUUGACUUGCUGCUCUGUAGAGCCAAGGCUUGCUGUUAUGGUCCUAGUGUUUUCUUUAUAUCAUGUAACAGCAUCAGUGUCUGACAACAGAGAAUCAGAUAAUGCACAUGAAACAGUGUUACAUGGUCAGUAAAAAGGAUGCUGCAGGGAUGGAGACAUAGCUCAUACAUUAAAGCUGUUUUCCGGUGAUAUUGGCUAUUUUUCUAUUGCUGUGACAAAAUGUGAUGACCAAAGCAAUUUAGAAAAGGAAACACUUAAACUGCAUGUGGGGGGUGCAGACUUUUGGUCCCAGCACUCAAGAGACAGAGGCAAGUGGAUCUCUGUGAGCUCAAGGCCAGCCUGGUCUACAAAGCCGUGUUGCACAAAGACACCCCGUCUUUAAAAACAAACAAACAAACAAAACCCAUUUAAUUGGCCUUAUGGUUUCGAAGGGUUAGAGUCCAUGCUAGGGGUAAAAGGCAAGGUGGUGACAACAGCUUAGAGCUUUCUCUUUCUCGACACCACCGUCAUCUUCCACCCCCACCCCCAUUCUGAAUCACGUACUUCUGUUUUCCCAAAUCUUUCCUAGCUCCUCAGCAUGUCUUCCACCCCAUCCAACUGGCUUCCUGCAUGGGCCACCCUAGCCAAUCCUCUGGCAUUUCUUUUCCCCGAGAAAGCAAAUCAGAACACUUCCAUCCACGAACCCGAGUGUCCUCACUUAUCUUCAUCAGGGGACUUCAGAAUGUAGCUCUCUGGGCUUCUCAGAACUCUCAGGGACUCUGAGCUGAGUCUGAGAUAGGAGAGGCGCUUCCACCUUCCCUUCCAUCCCGACUUUGGGAACAGCCCUGCUUUGCUGUAUCACGCGAUCGCAGGAUUGCCUGUAAAGGACCCCACCGCUCUACAUAGUCUAAACGCCGGUAACUUUUGGGAAAGCCUGUCUAAAGAGCUUAGUGCGGCAUGGUUGACUUUACUGUCUGUCCCCACCUAGCUUAUUGUCUACCAACAGCCCAAGUAUCAAGGCAUGACCUUGCACUGGUAUUUCUCUUGCCACCAGCUCCCAUAAGCAAGGGUUAUGGGUCUGCAUCACCAAGCCUCGCUCAGUAGCGAUUGUCUAGAGACAAAUCCGCACUCCUUUCGAAGCAGGAGAUGGCUUCCCUACUCUUCUUCCGAAGCACCCAGCUUUUUAAGCUAUUUGUUCACGCUUCUCCUCUCAGCCAAUCCUGUUAAGAGGCAGAGUAAGCGUCACGAGUUUCUGGGCAGAUCAGGGGACUUCGGCGCAGCACAGGCGCACAGCGCCCCUUACAGGAGCACGGACUCAACGGUUGCCGCACGUGGUGGUUUCGAGCGCGUUGGCGAUGUCGCUGUUCAGUCUGAGGUCCCCAAGCAUCGAGGAAGGUUCGGCAGUGAGGCAAGAGGGGCAAGACGACCGCUUUGACUCACUUUUGGACUUUCUCCCAAGAAUGAAAAUGCUUCUGUUGGGUGUCUGGACACUGCUGGCCUUGAUCCCUUGUCCAGGGGCCGCCGAGGAGCUGUUUCAGGUAUCUGUCCAUCCAAAUGAGGCCCUGGUAGAGUUUGGACACUCCCUAACUGUCAACUGCAGUACCACCUGCCCAGACCCUGGGCCCAGUGGAAUCGAGACCUUCUUAAAGAAAACCCAGCUAAGCAAAGGGUCCCAGUGGAAGGAGUUUCUCCUGGAGGACAUCACAGAGGACUUGGUGCUGCAGUGCUUCUUCUCUUGUGCAGGGGAGCAGAAGGACACCGUGCUCGCUAUCACCAUGUACCAGCCACCAGAGCAGGUGAUACUGGACCUGCAGCCUGAAUGGGUGGCCGUGGAUGAAGCCUUCACAGUCACGUGUCAUGUACCUAGUGUGGCACCCCUGCAGAGCCUCACCCUUACCCUCCUCCAGGGUGACCAAGAACUGCACAGAAAAGACUUCCUAAGUUUAUCUUUGGUAUCCCAAAGAGCCGAGGUCACCGCCACUGUCAGAGCCCACCGGGACAAUGACAGGCGUAAUUUCUCCUGCCGAGCAGAACUGGAUCUGAGCCCACAUGGUGGGGGGUUGUUUCACGGCAGCUCAGCCACCAAGCAACUCCGGAUCUUUGAAUUCUCUCAGAAUCCCCAGAUCUGGGUGCCUUCACUCCUGGAGGUUGGGAAGGCAGAGAUUGUGAGCUGUGAGGUGACCAGAGUAUUUCCAGCCCAGGAAGCUGUCUUCCGAAUGUUCCUGGAAGACCAGGAGCUGAGCCCUUUCUCGUCCUGGAGGGAAGAUGCAGCGUGGGCCAGUGCCACCAUUCAGGCCAUGGAGACUGGUGACCAGGAACUGACUUGCCUUGUGUCUCUGGGUCCCGUGGAGCAGAAAACAAGGAAACCAGUUUAUGUCUACAGUUUCCCUCCACCAAUCCUGGAGAUAGAAGAUGCUUACCCUCUGGCAGGGACGGACGUUAAUGUGACCUGCUCAGGUCACGUGUUAACAUCACCUAGCCCUACUCUUCGGCUUCAGGGAUCCCUAAACCACUCUGCCCCUGGGAAGCCUGCCUGGCUUCUGUUUACUGCCAGGGAGGAAGAUGAUGGCCGGACUCUGUCCUGCGAGGCCUCUUUGGAGGUACAGGGCCAGCGACUGGUCAGGACCACAGAGAGCCAGCUUCAUGUCUUAUACAAGCCAAGGUUUCAGGAAUCCCGCUGCCCUGGCAACCAGAUAUGGGUAGAAGGGAUGCAUCAGAUGCUUGCCUGCAUCCCAGAGGGAAAUCCAACUCCGGUUUUGGUGUGUGUCUGGAAUGGGAUGAUCUUUGACCUUGAUGUACCUCAGAAGGCCACCCAGAACCACACGGGGACCUACUGCUGCACAGCCACCAACCCACUAGGCUCCGUCAGCAAAGACAUCACUAUCAUUGUCCAAGUUGUGUCUUCUGUGCCUACACAGGCCUGCCUGAGGGCAUCAGCUCCUCCACCAUCUUCAUUAUCAUCAUUUUCACCCUGGGCAUGGCUGUGAUCACUGUAGCAUUAUACCUGAACUACCAGCCCUGCAAAGGAAACAGUAGGAAACGGAUGCACAGGCCGCGGGAGCAAAGCAAGGGCGAG